UUCCUUCCUUCUCUUCCCUCACUCCCCCCCUAAAGAAAAUGUCGUCUUUAGCCUAUUGUCCCUCCGCCGUCGCUGUAUCUCCCGCUUCCUCCGCCGCUACCGUUAACCCCUUAUUCUCCUCCCUCAGACUCUUCAAUCCCUUUCCACCAAAAUCCUUCAAACUCGUCGCCAGUUUCCUCAAUCCCAUCUCACUCCAUCCCAAUAUCCGUCGCCACCGUUUCUCCUGCGCCGCCGAUACCGAAGACGAACUCCCCGUCGCAUCAGAAGACGAAGAAGAAGAAGAAGAAGAAGAUGUGAAACAGACGACGCAAGCCAGUGGUGAGGAAGGGAGGCUGUACGUUGGAAACUUACCAUACACAAUCACUUCUUCUGAGCUCUCCCAACUUUUCCGACAAGCUGGAACUGUCGUAGAUGUUCAGAUUGUGUAUGACAAAGUCACUGACAGAAGCAGAGGGUUUGGAUUCGUAACGAUGGGAAGCAUCGAAGAAGCUAAAGAAGCUAUUCAGAUGUUCAACACCUCUCAAAUUGGCGGUAGAACUGUGAAAGUGAACUUCCCGGAGGUGCCAAGAGGCGGAGAGAGAGAAGUAAUGAGAGCAGCCAAGAUCCGUGAUGGUAACCGGAGCUAUGUUGACAGUCCUCACAAGCUCUAUGCUGGGAACCUUGGUUGGGAUCUGACCUCACAAGGUCUGAAAGAUGCAUUUGCUGACCAACCUGGUGUGCUUGGUGCUAAAGUUGUGUAUGAAAGAGACAGCGGGAGGUCUCGGGGGUUUGGUUUCGUCUCUUUUGAAUCUGCACAAGACCUUCAGUCUGCCCUGAGGGCCAUGAAUGGCGUGGAAGUUGAAGGCAGAGAACUGAGGCUCAAUUUGGCUUCAGAGAGAGCCACCGUGUCUCGUCCUUUUGUAACACAAGUAGAGACUGAAGAGGGCAACAGUCUUGAGAGCAGUGAGGUGCUUUCAACCAUCAGUACAUGAAGCAGCAAAAGCACAAUAUCUUGUUUGUAUUCUACUGACUAGUGAGGCUAAAGAAGAAGAUAAUAUAUGAGAUAAAAGAAAAUGAGAUUGACUGUCAUCUUUAUUCAAAAAUGUUUUCUUCCAUUAAAUGCUUUAAUGUAUAAUCUUUCUGUCUCAUUAGAAAGGUAAAAUAUUUUUGUAGUGA